CAGUUUUGAUCAACGUAGGUUUAGUUUUGCGAAAAAUCCAUUUUUCACGCGAAAAUUCCUCCCAAACUGUAAUACUCGUUUGGAUAAGUGUUCGCGAGUGUGUUUCCCACAAAUUGCACCGAAAAUGAAGCUGUUAAAUGGCAAUAAAAGGCGUCAUUUGUUGGUCUUCGGACAGAUUGCAUUUUUUCGCUAAGCAAUCAGACCACCACCAUUAGCUGCAGCACUCAUCAAAAAUAAAAUCCCGUUGUCUCAGUGAUUUGAUUUGCUCGUAAAAACUGCUGUUGCUGUGCGGCGAAAAAUUUGGAAGUUUUAUAGGACUAGUAAACGAAUCACCAGAAACGAGUGCCGCAGCCCCAACCAGAAAGGCUUUUUCGCUCUUUUGUACGGGGCCUGGUUUGCAGCAAAAGUUACAAAGAUAGAUACCGUGUGGGGUUGGGCCUCUGCCCCGCUGCGCCUUGCGGCUAACAGAAUGGGCGACGUUCUGAUCUCUGAUCGACCUCCGUCUCCAGCGAGACUAUCACACACGUCGGAAAAACAUCCGCGUGUAACGCUAACCGAACUGAAUGUCCUCCGUCGGCAUCGUGAACUGUGCGACGUGGUAAUAAACGUGAGCGGGCGAAAGAUCUUCGCCCAUCGGGUUAUACUGUCAGCAUGCAGUCCAUAUUUCCGGGCCAUGUUCACCGGCGAGUUGGAAGAAUCCCGUCAGACUGAAGUAACCAUUAGAGAUAUAGAUGAAAAUGCAAUGGAACUGUUGAUCGAUUUCUGCUACACUUCGCACAUUGUUGUUGAAGAAUCCAACGUCCAGACAUUGCUUCCAGCGGCUUGUUUACUGCAACUGGCCGAAAUUCAAGAUAUUUGCUGUGAAUUCUUAAAGCGACAGCUGGAUCCGACCAACUGUUUGGGCAUUCGAGCUUUUGCCGAUACGCACUCCUGCCGCGAGUUGCUUCGGAUUGCAGAUAAAUUUACGCAGCACAAUUUCCAAGAAGUGAUGGAAAGCGAAGAGUUCUUGUUGCUGCCAGUCGGCCAGCUGGUAGAUAUCAUUUGCAGCGAUGAGUUGAAUGUCCGUUCCGAAGAGCAAGUGUUUAAUGCAGUGAUGGCCUGGUUGAAAUACAAUGUUGCUGAACGGCGACAACAUUUGGCACAGGUGUUGCAGCAUGUACGAAUGCCGCUGCUUAGUCCAAAAUUUCUUGUUGGCACAGUGGGAUCGGAUCUGCUCGUACGAUCCGAUGAAGCAUGUCGUGAUUUAGUAGACGAGGCAAAGAAUUACUUGUUGCUUCCACAAGAGCGACCCUUAAUGCAAGGACCACGCACACGGCCCAGGAAACCAACGCGACGAGGUGAAGUGUUGUUCGCUGUUGGUGGCUGGUGCUCUGGAGACGCAAUUGCUUCUGUUGAACGAUUUGAUCCGGAGACUGCAGACUGGAAGAUGGUCGCUCCGAUGAGCAAGCGUCGUUGUGGCGUUGGGGUUGCUGUGCUAAAUGACCUCUUGUAUGCUGUCGGUGGACAUGAUGGCCAGAGCUAUCUGAAUAGCAUUGAACGGUACGAUCCGCAAACAAAUCAGUGGAGCUGCGAUGUUGCUCCGACGACCAGUUGCCGAACGAGUGUUGGGGUAGCGGUGCUGGACGGAUUUCUUUAUGCCGUCGGUGGUCAGGACGGAGUUCAAUGUUUGAAUCACGUGGAACGGUAUGAUCCGAAGGAGAAUAAGUGGUCUAAGGUAGCACCGAUGACCACGCGCCGGCUUGGUGUAGCCGUCGCUGUGUUGGGAGGAUAUCUGUACGCAAUUGGUGGCUCGGAUGGCCAGUGCCCAUUGAACACGGUUGAGAGGUACGACCCGCGACAGAAUAAGUGGUGUGCCGUUAGUCCUAUGUCGACCAGGCGGAAACAUUUGGGCUGUGCCGUGUUUAACAACUUCAUCUACGCGGUUGGCGGUCGAGAUGACUGCAUGGAGCUGUCUUCGGCAGAGCGAUACAACCCGCACACGAACUCGUGGAGUCCUAUCGUUGCGAUGACGUCUCGCAGAAGUGGGGUCGGUCUUGCCGUGGUGAACGGUCAGCUGUACGCUGUGGGCGGCUUCGACGGUACCGCCUAUCUGAAAACCAUCGAAGUGUACGAUCCGGAAACGAACCAGUGGCGCCUGUGCGGUUGUAUGAACUAUCGACGACUUGGGGGUGGCGUUGGAGUCAUGAGAGCCCCGCAAACCGAGAACUAUAUGUGGAUACGCAAAGAUUCUGUUGUUUAACAUUCAUACACAUUCGACUAGUUCAUACAUAUAAACAGUUCACAAAAUCUUUCGCACGCCUGCUAAUGGCUGUGUGUGUGAAAUAGCGCAAAAUAUUGGUUACAAUCGGAUUUUUCAUAACGUCAGGAGAGUUCACUGCAAUUCAGGGAAGAAACACAAUUAUUACACUAAAAACGUGCAUCACGAAAGCUCUUUCAUGCUUCGCAAUGGUAAAUGAAAAUUCGAACAAGUGAAAAAUAUUCGGGAAUGAUUCGAAGCCUUUAAAAAAAAACAUUAUCUCUAGUACUAAACAUCCGUUUAUAAUAGAAAACUCCAUAAGUCACAAUUGAAACUGAAAACUGCACUUGCACACGCUAGAUGGUAGAACAAUUUACGCUAAUUAAGCUAGUAAGUUCAGUUAGGCACCACACAUCACGCAUCGACGCUUAGGGGCCUGAGCCAUAUGAGUUGCAUGCUCGAAAUCAGCUUAUUAAACACGUUUCAAGCCGCAAGUUACUCCAUAUAAAUCAUCGCCCGUGUAUUCCAUUUUCGUUCCGAAAUAAUUUUCAAAUUACGCGCUGUGCAAAUUGUGUUGCUGUGCUAAAUCGGUGUGUUUUUGUUUCACAGAUCAUGCACUGUGGGUGUUAACACAUAUGAUAAUCACUUUUGUUUUUUUUUGUUUCGAUCUCAUCUCACCUUAUAAUGCAACACGUAUGUUUUUUUUAAUGUUUUAUAACAUUUUUGUCGACUUUUAACGCCUAGAGAAAUUACUAUCGUUAACGAAAACAGUUGAAAACGAAAGAUUUGAAGAUAAAUCCCUCUAGAUUAAACAAUUCUCAUUGUGAUUAAUGUUAAGAUAAUGAAAGAAUCGAUGGUGAUUCAAACUAAAAAAAAUGUUAGCUAGUAAGAAACGGUGAUCGCUUAUUUUAUUCGAGUAAUGUUUCUCCUUGUAAUCGGAGAUAUUCUUUCUGGACAAUCCGUUCUGGCUGUCAGACUGGUCAGACAGGUUCAGUUUCAAAGUUAAGCUCGGGCGGUUUUCUAAAGCAAAGUAGGAAACAAUCGAGCCGCCGAUCAGUGGGGUAUACACUCUUAUUACGCCUGCGAGUAGCACCUAAAAUUCGAAGCUGGUAAGGGAUGUUACUUUCAGCUUUUUUAUUAUUAUUUUCCUCUUAUACAAGCUGAAAAAAUAUAUAUUGAGUAUAAAUUAUUACUAAAGAAAGGAAGUUGUUGAAUAAAAAA